AUGAAGACCACAACAACCGCUUCGUUGGCCUUCCUGGCCGCCGCCAACUUCCUUGGAGUCUACGCUAAGAACGGACAACAAAGGCCGGCCGUCACUCCCGUCAUUAACCAGUUGACCUCGCAUGGAUGCUUCUCAUCUGGAGCCAACUUUACCCAGGAGGCAUCGGGAGCCAAGGUCACCAGCGGCUACUGUGGUGAUAUUUGCAAAGAGGCCGGCAUGUAUGUGUCGGCUAUGAAGGCCGAUAAGUGUUAUUGCGGCAUGGUUUAUCCUCCCGAGGACGACCUGGUCAAGGACUCGUUUUGCAACUUCCCAUGCCCAGCCUACCCCCAAGAGGCUUGCGGUGCCCUCAAGACCUACUACUCUGUCUUCAACACCGGUCUCGAAAUUGCCGUUGAUGAUUAUGUGCCAGAAGAGACGACCACGAGUGCUGCUCCCUCGUCGACCAAAGCUUCCGAGAGCACCGCUGCCGAGAGCACUGCUGUCGUGACACACACCGAUGAUGUCACUUCCCCCUCCGAUUCUAGCACUGCCGACGACGACAAGAAGAAGGACGGUCCCAAUGUGGCCGCCAUUGCCGCAGGUGUCGUUGUGGGUGUGGUGGUGGUCGGUGCUAUUGCUGCUGGUGCCAUCUUCUUUGUCCGCCGCCGACGAAACGCUGAAAUCGAGGAGGAGCAUCGCCGAAACGCUGCUGUGAACGCAUUCAUCAACGGCUCCAAGCCUCCUGGCAGCAGCGGCAGCAUCUCCAUGACCGACUCUCGCCUCGACCCUGUCAUGGCUCACCGACGACUCAGCGAUGGCAGCAUCGCUGACAACCAAGACUACUCUCGGAGGAUUCUUCGGGUCACCAACGCAUGA